AUUUCAAUGCGCAUAGCGUAUUGUUAACUUUGUAAUAAGUUUAAAGAAGGUUUUUUUCUAUUACGCGUGGCGUAGAUUUACGAGUGACAAUUGAUAUAAAGUUGUUUUUAUAACCAAAUUGUGCACCGCCCGUAGGGUGGUGGGGUAUUGCUAUUCAGUGUAUAACAGUUUAAAUUAGAUUGUGAUAUAAAAAAAUGGCGACUUUGUCGCAAGACAUGCAAAAAGAGUCAGAGAAAGACAAAAGAACAAAAAAUGAUGAAAAGGGAAAGUCGAGCCAAAAUGGGAAAACUCGAAUAAAAUCGUCUAAAAAACAGAGUAAUGAACCCGAGUGCGAGAGUUCAAAUGAAAAAUCACAGAAAAUGAUUGAAAUAAAUAAUAAUCAGGAGUGUAUGAUGGAUUUACUAAGAUCAAUUAGAAAUGAUCAAAAUUCUUUAGUCAAUCAUUUAGAUUUGUUGGAUGGUCGUGUUCAUAAUCUAGAAGAUACUAGUAAUGAUCAGUAUUGUGAUUACUACAAUGAGAAUUAUGAAGGUGAUGAAAUGCAAGAUAGUUCUGAACAAUACACUCAAUAUAGUAACCUGGACAUGAGCUAUCAUAGUCCAUUGGACAGCUGUUACACAGAAAAAACUGUAAAUAAAUCUAGUGAGACUAGUGAUAAAGCAUCGGAGUCUGUUUCGACAAAUAACUCGGCCACUGCCAGUAGAUUUGAUAAACUUGCUUCUAAGUUUGUUUCGGAGGAGGUUGUGAGUGAUGAUGUAGAUAACGCUCUGGCUGGAAAUGUGAAUAAUUUGUUCAGGAAUGGUUUGGGUGAUAUUGUCUAUGAGAAUAUGACUAAAGAUGAUGUUUGUGCUCGGCCAAAAAAUUGUGAAGGAUUAGUUGUUGUCAAAUUAAAUAAGCUGAUUUGGGACGUGGUCCCUCCAAGAUCUCGGAAUAAUGACAAGAAAUUACAAAAUAUUGAGAAGUCUAUUGUCAAGGCCGGAGUAAAUUUGACAAAAUCGAUGAAUGAGCUGGCACAUUUGGAAUCUGAAAAAGGUCAGAGUUUUGGUACCAUACUUGACACAUGUAAUGAUGCUUUAGCUUUGCUUGGUCAAGCUAAUGUUCAGUUAAACCAUGCAAGAAGAGAUUUUUUGCGUCCUGAACUGAAAGCAGAUUAUGCGAACUUAUGUAACCAUUCUUAUCCAUUUACGUCGGAAUUAUUUGGUGACGAUGUAUCUAAAGCUGCAAAAGAUAUUGAGGAUUGUAACAAGAUGGGAAAUCGCAUGCAGUAUGGUCCUUCUUUUCGUGCUAGAGGACGUGUCAUGUUUAGAAGUUGAUUUGGAUUUAGGGGGCCCCGCAGGGGUCCUUAUCCUCGCAUUGGGCAGAUUCAAGAGUCUUUUGAAAAAGGAGCUCCAAAAAACUGGAACAGAGGCCGCCAGCGCGGUUAUCCAAGAACUUAGAUAUAUCACAGGUAAGAGAUUUGUUUGUUGCUGGUAGAUUGACAAAUUUUGUUUCUGCUUGGAAAAAUAUUACGAGUGAUCCUGAAAUUUUAGAUAUUGUUAAGCAUUGUCAUAUAAAAUUUCUAGGUGGUAUUAUUCCUUGCCAAGACAGGCUUAUGCAUCAGAUUAAAUUUAAUAGGGAACAAGAAAAGAUUGUUGAGUUUGAGAUUGAAAAAUUGUUAGAAAUGCAGGUAAUUAAACAGGUUACAUAUGUUGAGGGUCAGUUUUUGUCUCCCAUAUUUUUAAGGGAAAAGAAAAAUGGAGAAUAUCGACUAAUAUUAAACCUUAAGAAAUUUAAUGAAUACCUGCCAUAUCAU